AUGUUCGUCUCGAUCUUUCAGCGCUUCCGGGUUAGAUUGCGGCAAACCAGUCUACCCCUCUUCGACUGGGCAACUUUGUGGCCUCAGGCGGGCGACAUCUUUGAGCAAGUGGCUCAUUGGAGGCAAGCUGGGCUCAGCUAUAUCCGCUACUCUCAGAUCUGGGCAAAAGCAGAAAGAGCAGCCCUGAAACCUCAGUUUAAAACGGAGGCAGAGAAAGCAGCUGGAAGCCAUGUAAAAACUAUAAAACCCAAAACGGAAAUGACACAAAACCCAUUCUCUAGAAGGAAAAAUGACAACUCAUGUCAAGCAAUAAUAAAAUAAAUCUUCAAGGAAUUAAACUUUCAUCUCCACAAACCAGCCAUGUAAUUACUGGUAAACACUUUAAACUGUACUCCGUGGAAAAGAAAUGGUAAUUAAAAGGCUUUAUUUUUUUUUUUUUAGAUUUUAACACAGCUGGAGGAUGCAAGUUACAGAAAUAUCUGCUAUUCCCUGAGGAGCCCAGGAUUCUAAAUAUUCCUUCAGAUUCCUUAAUAUUAUUAUAGGAUUAUAUCAUUAGCUGUGGAUGAAAAUAGUUCAUCUGAAUCUUCUUAAUCUCAGCUAUGUAGAGAGCUUCUUUCAGAUUCAAGGAUACAGAUAGUCCUCAAAUUACAAUCACAAUCGAGAGCAGAAUUUUGGUUGCUAAGUGGUCAGUUGCUAAGUGAGUCACGCCCAAUUUCCUACCUUCUCUGCCAUGGUUGUUAAGCAAAACAUUUAAGUGAAUUAUGUGGCUGUUAAGUGAAUCUGGCUUCCUUCCUUGACUUUGCUUGGGAAGGUCACAAAUGGCAAUCACAGGAUUCCAGGAUGCCACAACUGUUGUCAAUACACACUGGCUGCCAAGCACACAAAUUUUAAUCACUUCAUCAUGGGGAACGCAGUGGCGGUCAUAAGUGCAAGGAAAGGCUGUAAGUAACUUUUUUUUUUUUUUUAGUAACGCUGUAACUUUGAAUAGUUACUAAGCAAAUGCUUGUAAGUUGAGGACCACUUCUAUUUUAGAUAGAAACUGUAAAAAAAAUUCUGCCUGUGCAUAUUAUGUACCAAGCCCCACCCUGUAGGAUCUGGAGGGGAAAAACCUGAAAAAAACCACCAGAUUUUUUUUUAAAAAAACCACAUUCCCUGCACGUGACAAUGAACAAUACAAUUUCAUUUGAACAAAAAAAUACUGUGACUCAAAUGUGGAAAAUCUCCAACAAACAGCAUUUGUUUCCAAGCUACUGAAACAAAGGAUUCUGGGAAGGCUCUACUGAUGGCUAAUCUAGAACAAAACAGAGUUAACAGAGUUGGAAAGGGACCUUGGAGGUCUUCUAGUCCAACCCCCUGCUCAGGCAGGAAACCCUAUGCCAUUUCAGACAAACAGUUUUUAAAAAUUACCAGUGUUUUAGCCUUCAUAAUUUCUGGAGGCAAGUUGUGGCACUGAUUAAUUGUUCUGUUAGGAAAACGACAGUUGAAUGGGUAAGGAAUGUGAGACGAUUUCUAAUUCCAAUCCUGGUGUCUUAGGAACUCAGAGGCAAAAAGAACCAUUAAAAAGGGGGGUUAACUAAACUCAUAAACUCCUUGCUCAAUUCUCAGGCAGAUCAGGCAGAUUUUCAAAGCAAUAGAAAAGUUGGUUAGGAAGAUACCGCAGAAGUACUCCAGACAUUAGUAGUUUCAGCCAUCAAAUAUCAAGAAAUUAUAGAUCAAUGAAGGUGUUUGAUGUAACCAGUUUACAGCUUGGGAAAGAAGACAGUGUUAUCUGAGAUUAUCACAUGAAUCUCGAUCAAUGGUGAGAUAUGAAUAAGUAAGUAUUAGACUGCGAAGAGUAUAAAAAGAAUAACUCAUGCCUAAGAUAUUUCUGCUAUCCUGUCUCAUUUGCAUAUGAUUCAAACAAAUCUUAUUACGCAAAUGCCUUAAAAAGCCCUGAUACAGAAAUAGUUAUUCAUUGGAUUUGUGUACGUAUGCUAUGCUACACUAACUUUUAUCAGCAGGAAAGUUUGACGAUAUUCUUAACAAUCUCUAAUUUGUGCUUGGUGAACCGUUACACUAAUGGCUGAACUAAAACAGAGAUAUACAAGAGGAUUUCAAAAUCUGGAACGGUGACUCACGACCAGCUUUAUGCCUAUGCAAAUUAUCACUUUCGUCUUCAGGCUGUUAUAUUUCCACUUUGAAAAAACCGAUUCGGUAGCGAUUCCCUU